ACAUGUCACAAUUUUUCAGUGACAUUUGAGUGAUUAAGUGAUCUUUUUUUUGUGCGAACAAUUUCUAAUUUACUCCUAAUUAAUUGGUGUUUAAACUGGUUAAGCAAAUAUGUUCUCUUCAGGUGUUAGGUGUUUCCAUGUUAUAAAUAUUUUUUUUUGACUAUUUAAAUGUAACUGGUUCUCUACGGGAUUCGCAUUGCAUUAUUUUCGCUCAAAACUGAAACGUCACUGCAAGUUACAAUGUUCGCGAGUUUGAAAAGUAAGAUAAAAGAAGAAACUGGCAGUGACAUCAGUAAAAUAACCAGUAGUUGGCGGAGCGGAGCCUUUCUCGGCAGAAUUACUCUCAGAGACGACUCGUCAACAUCUAGCCCUUCCAGUUCCGGUGGUCAUGGAGAUUCUACUUCAGAUUCAAUAUCACCACAACUGGAGUCGUACUUGUCAGAGCGCACAGGUGGUAAGAUCGACCAGGCUGUAUUACAACAGCAGUACUCCUCUCAAUUGGAAGCCAAGCUGAGGGAGCGAGACACCUAUUGGGAACAAAAGAUUGAAGAAUUGAAACUUUCACUUGCAUCGGUGCAAGGGGAAGAGGCAGCAGCUGCACAGGCAGUAGCCCGUACCGCGCAAGCCGAGGUAGCUAAAGCAACCACAGAGCGAGAUGCAGCUAAAAGACUAGUCACAGAGUUGAAGACACAACUGGCGUCCGCAGAACGCGCGCAAGACAGACUUGACGCGCUCAAUGAGGAGUUGGAGCAGUCUCGGCGCGAGUGGGCGCGCGAGCGGGCGGAGCUGAGCGGUGCGCUGAGCGCGGCGGAGGCGCGCGCCGCCGACCUGGCCGACAGGCUCGCGCUCGUGGCCGCCGCGCUGCCGCCUGACCAUCCGCAUCAUCACAUGCAUGACGAUGACAAACGUGAAGUGACUCCAACAGAGUGUGCUGACUAUGACCGCGUGUGUCGUGAGCGCGCCGUUCUGACGCGACAGCUACAGGAAGCCAAGAUGGCGCUCGCUGACGUCAAGACCUCCUGGAGUGGGCAGAUAGCAUCGCUGGAGACACAGGUGGCGCGACUGUCGCGGCAAGCAGGCGAGGAGGGAUCUGAAAGGAGACGGGUAGAGAUCGAAAAGAAAGAGAUGCAAGAUAAACUCAACAGUGCCGCCGCGGAACUAGAGAAAACUAAACAGAACUUGGCGAACAGUGAAGCUAAGGUGGCGCGCCUGAACGGCGAGGUGCACUCGCUGGCGCUGGAGCUGAAGGGCGCGCGCGCCGCCGCCGACAGCGCCGCCGAAAAAACAAUGGAUUUCGAAAGCCGCAUCCAAAGUCUGACCGAAGAGAACAAAGAGCUGGCUGAGGCUCUGGAGAACGAGCGGACGCUGGUGAAGAUCUUAAGGGAGAAGGUGGACAAGUCCAACCUGAUGUGUGACGAGUCCAAGGCGGAGGUCAACCACCUGAACUCCAUGGUGACGGAGAUGCAACACGACUUCUUGGAUAUACAGAGGAAGUUUGACAAGGAAAAGCGUGAGAAAGACGAAGCCUUGCUGCGGAACGCGCACAUGUCCCAGAGCAUCGAGAUGAGCCAGUGCAACGUGCGCUAUCAAGAGGCCGAGAUUGUGGAGCUGAAGGCUAAAAUUACAGAAUUAGAUGCACUCAUAGCACAGCAUAAAGAGAAUCAGGCAGCCUGUAUGUUAAUAAAAGAAAAUGAGGAAGCACGAAAAAAGGAAAUCGAGGAUCUAAAGAAAAGAAUUGACGAAUUAAUAGAAAACGAGACUGCACUCAAGAAGACUAUACAAGACUUGGAAACUGAAAUCUGUGAUAAAAAUAAGAAAAUAAAAACGUUAGAUAACAGAAUAUCGGACAUGAAGAAGACUCUACAACGUGAGCUGCAGAGCAGUAAGUCUGACCUCACGUCGGCAGAAGAACAAGAUAUUAGUAGAAGGUACUUGAAGCACGUGGUGCUCCGGUUCCUGACGGCGCGCGAGCUGGAGGCGCGGCAGCUGACGCGCGCGCUGGCCGCGCUGCUGCGCCUGUCCGCGCACGAGGAGCAGCUGCUGCGGGCCGCGCUCCCGCCGCGGACGGGCAUCGCCGCCUGGUUCCCCUCGCUCAACACCUGAGCGCAGGCCACGCCCACUGCUACACCGCUACGCCGGCCGCGUAGCCGCACACACACGGAUCACUUAGGUGCUGAAGCGCACGUAAGUUAUACACACACAUCGAACUAUAUGGGACAACAGACUC